AUGGAUCCUAUCGAGAAGGUGCUCGAACGUCGCGAGGGUCCUUUGACCUUGGGCCAGGCCGAUGGUGUGCAAUGCCGGACCGUCGAGAUCUUCGAGAGCUUUGGCAUUGGUGAUGAGCUUCUUCGUGCAUCUUACCAUGUUCUGGAGGUUGUUUUCUGGACCGAGGAUAGCCCGGGUGUUAUCAAGCGCACAGGCAGGACGCCAGAUACUCAACCGGGGUUUUCACAUCAACCGCAUGGCAUACUAAACCAGGCACGUGUCAAUAAGCUCCUGCUUGAUGCUAUGCAUCGUUUCAACAAGCAAGAAGUAGACUACGGUUAUGACAUUAAACAUUUAGAGGUUGAUAGUCAACAGGCCAAAGAUCCUUCAGCAUACCCGGUUAAAGUCAUCACUAGGAAAGAUGGGAGAAUAGUGCAGUUUGAAGCCAAGUAUGCACUUGCCAGGGAAGUGAAAUUGGAGGAUCUACAGCAUACAGCUAAGAACAUCCUCAGUCAGUAUGAUGUGGAUUUUACGGAUACCAUUUGGUGGUCUGCCUAUCCCAUUGGCCAGCGUCACGCCGACAGCUUUCAUGAGGAUUACCGGGUUUUCUUGGCUGGUGAUGCAUGCCACACGCACUCUCCCAAGGCUGGUCAGGGGAUGAAUGUUAGGCUUCAAGAUGGAUACAAUAUUGGAUGGAAACUAGCCUCGGUAUUGAAAGGAUUGACCCCUCCAUCUCUGCUGAAAACCUAUGUUCUCGAGCGUAGGAAGACAGCUAUCGACUUGAUCAACUUUGAUCGCUAUUUCUCGAAGCUCUUCUCAUCAACCGCCAAAACGUCGCCCCAGGAAUUCCAGAAAGGAUUCAUUCAGGCUGGAAAAUACACGGCUGGCUUAACAGCCAAGUAUGACAGAUCACCAAUCGUGUCUGAUAUGGAUGAGACACAAGGACUUGCGACCAAUGUUGUGGUCGGAAUGAGGCUACCCAGUGCCCAAGUCGUGCGCUUCUGCGACUCGAAGCCCCUGCAGCUAAUGACUGUGCUAAAGUCCGAUGGCCGGUGGCGUCUUAUAGCUUUUGCUGGCGACAUUACUUUGACUGUCAAUCAGGACCGUUUACGUGCUCUUGGAAACUAUCUCAUGUCGGUGGAAAGUCCCAUGCGCCGUUUUGCCCCUGGUGGUGGUGGUGACAUCGACAGCCUGAUCGAACCGAUUCUAGUGGCAUAUGGUAAUCGCCACGAGAUAGAGCUUGACCAGGUUCCAGAAUCCUUCUACCCAAUAUCCGGGAAGCAUAAAGUUCACGACCUCCAUAAAAUCCUCUUUGAUGACGAGAGCUACAGCAAAAGCCAUGGCCACCUCUAUGAAUAUCUCGGCAUGAGCCCUCAGAACAGUUCUAUUGUCAUCGUUCGACCGGAUCAGUGUAAGCAAGGUGUCCUCUCCUCCUCACUAGGAGAAAACGAAUGCGAAUCGGAGCCAAGGGUCAAUGAUCUUCCCACUUUCACAUUGAGUAGGCACCUCUUUUAG